UCAAUGCCCCCCACACCUAAAACCCUAAAUCGAACUCCCAAGAACCCUCAAGAAAACUCCACACUCAAACACCAAGCUCAAAGGAAGCUUCGCUUCUUCUCGCGCAGGUUAUCAUCAAUCUCCGAUGGGGACCAAGCGGAGCUCGAGCGGUGCGGAGGAAGUAGCAGCGAUCGAUCCGGCGGAGGAAGCCAAUGGCGACGCCGCCGCCGCCGAACCGUCGAAGAAGAAGAAGAAGCUGCUCAAGGAGAACGGCGGUUCGCCUCCCUCUGCGGCCGCAUUGCCGAGUUCGGUGAAGCCGAUGGAGAGGAGGAAGAAGAGGAAGGCGCUCGACAAGGAGCGGCACCGCGCUUCUCUGGAUGACCGAGAGCCGAAGCCGAAGGAAGCGGCCGCGGAGGAGAGAGCGGAUGGAGAACGCGGCAAUCCGCUGCCCGAGUUUCACAUUAACGUGUUUGGGGAUUUGGCGUCGGCGGACGCUUCGGUUAGGGAGGCGGCGGUGGAGACGCUGGUGACGGAGCUGGGGGCGGUUCAGAAGGCGUACGAUGGGCUCGAGGAGAAGGAGCUGGUUGAUAUUGGAGCGAAGUUGGAAGCUGAGAAGGAUGAUGGAUUGAAGGAUUGCGCGCCUUCCGUGAAGUAUGCCGUGCGGAGGCUCAUUCGCGGAGUUUCUUCGUCGAGAGAGUGUGCAAGACAGGGUUUCUCCUUGGGUUUGACUCUGUUAGCCAGUACUGUUCCUACCAUUCGGGUGGAAUCCUUAUUGAAACUUUCUGUCGACUUAUUAGAAGUUUCUUCGUCGAUGAAGGGUCAGGAAGUGAGGGAUUGCCUUUUGGGCCGUUUAUUUGCUUAUGGUGCCCUAGCUCGCUCUGGGAGACUAGUCAAGGAGUGGCUUUCUGACAAACGUACUCCAUACAUCAGAGAAUUCACUGGUCUUCUUAUUUCCCUUUCAGCCAAGAAGAGGUAUUUGCAAGAACCAUCUGUCAGUGUUCUUCUGGACUUGGUCGAAAAGUUACCUUCUGAGGCCGUGAUCAGUCAUGUUGUUAGAGCUUUAGGCAUUCAAGAAUGGUUUGCUGGGGCUGCUGAAAGUGGAAAUCCUGAUGCAUUGCUUCUAGCGCUGAAAAUCCGUGACAGAAUUUCUGGUGAUAACCCAGUAUACGGAAAACUUCUGCCAAAUCCAUUCAGUGCCAGCAAAUUUUUUACUUCAGAACAUUUGUCUUAUCUAAGUAAUUGCUUCAAGGAAUCUACAUUUUGCCAACCUCGUGUUCAUAGUGUGUGGCCUGUGCUGGUGAAACUUCUUUUGCCUGACCCGGUUUUGCAGGAUGAAGAUGCGGCAGCUUUCUCAGGCUCUUUAAAGAAGCAGAAAAAGGGCCGCAAGACUGGUCCUUCUGAUGAAGACACUGCAAAGGACCUGCAGUGCUUUAUUGAAGUUGUGAUCGAAGGAUCCCUUCUGUUGUCAUCACAUGAUCGUAAACACUUGGCAUUUGAUGUCCUCCUCCUUCUCUUCCCAAGGAUGCCGGCAUCUUUUAUCCCUCUUGUUUUGUCAGACAAGAUUGUCCAGGGUUUGGUGGAUAUACUUUCAACAAGAGACUCCUGGCUGUACAAGGUUGCACAGCAUUUCCUUAAGGAACUCUCUGACUGGGUUAGGUAUGACGAUGUCCGGAGAGUUGCCGUUAUUGUGGCUCUGCAGAAGCAUAGCAAUGGGAAAUUUGAUAUAAUUACUCAGACGAAGACAGUCAAAAAUCUUUUGGCUGAGUUCCAAACCGAAUCUGGUUGCAUGCUGUUUAUUCAGAGCUUAACAAAUAUGUUUGUGGAUGAUGGUCCUGCUUCCGAGGAACCCUCAGAUCAGAGUCAAACAACUGAUGACAACUCAGAGAUUGGAUCAAAUGAGGAUAAAGAUUCUAUUUCUGCUGUUGGAAACACAGAUUCCUUGAAGAUUUGGAUCGUUGAUUCUGUCCCUGGUAUAUUGAAGUACUUGAAACUGGAUUCCGAAGCGAAGUUUCGGGUGCAGAUAGAAAUUCUGAAGUUUUUAGCUGUUCAAGGCCUUUUUACUGCAUCUCUUGGCUCUGAAGUGACAUCUUUUGAGUUGCAAGAGAAGUUCAGAUGGCCAAAAGCAGCUACUUCAACUGCUCUCUGCAGAAUGUGUAUUGAGCAGCUUCAGUUGUUACUGGCAUCUGCCCAAAAAGGGGAUGGCUCACGAGCUUCAGUGAAUGCUGUUGAGCAAGGUGAUCUAGGCUCUUACUUUGUUCGGUUCCUUUGCACCCUACGUAACAUUCCUUCUGUUUCACUCUUCCGGACUUUGAGUGAUGAUGAUGAGAAGGCAUUCAAAAAGUUGCAGGCAAUGGAAACUAGGCUUUCUAGAGAGGAAAGGAGCAGCGAACCAAGCCCUGUUGUACAUAAAUUGCAUGCAUUGAGGUACUUGCUUAUCCAGCUACUUCUUCAAGUGCUUCUUCGGCCUGAAGAAUUUGCGGAAGCUGCUUCGGAACUUGUUAUAUGCUGUAAGAAGGCCUUUUCUAGUCCUGAUCUGCUUGAAUCAUCUGGAGAAGAUGAGCCGAGUGGUGGUGAUGGAGCACCUGAGUUACUGGAUGUGCUCGUUGAUACACUGCUAUCUUUGCUACCUCAAUCAUCAGCGCCAAUGAGGGUUGCAAUAGAGCAGGUUUUCAAACAUUUCUGCUCUGAUGUCACCGAUGAUGGGUUACGGCGGAUGCUACGGGUCAUAAAGAAAGAUAUAAAGCCAGCCAGACAUCGGAACGCAGAGAGUGAGGAUGAUGAUGAUGAAGACGAUGAGGAUGAAGACUUCCUUGGGAUUGAGGAAGAUGAGGAAGUUGAUGAAGCCGAGACGGGUGAAACGGCUGAGACUGAUGACUCCGAGACAGUGAUUGGAGAUUUGGAAAGUGGUAGAGAAAUUCCGGAAGAUUCCGAGGAGUCUGAUGGAGGAAUGGAUGACGAUGCAAUGUUCCGCAUGGAUACUUAUCUUGCUCAGAUUUUCAAGGAGAGAAAAAGUCACGGUGGGGGUGAAACAGCUCAUUCCCAACUUGUUCUCUUCAAACUGCGUGUUCUCUCCUUGCUGGAGAUGUACCUUCAUGAAAAUGCAGGUAAACCUCAAGUUCUGUUGGUGUACUCAAAUCUGGCUCAAGCAUUUGUCAAUCUUCAUAAUGUGGAAGGUAGUGACCAGCUUGGCCAACGUAUAUGGGGAAUUUUGCAAAAGAAAAUUUUCAAAGCCAAGGAUCAUCCGAAAGGUGAAGCGAUACAGCUUUCUUCUCUCGAGUCUUUGUUGGAAAGGAACUUGAAAUUGGCUUCAAAACCUUUUAAGAGAAAAUCUGUUGGUAACCCAUCCAAGAAGCCGUCUGCCUCGAGGAAUCGACACAAAAUGAUUACUUCCCUUGCACAGAAUUCAACGUAUUGGAUAUUGAAAAUAAUAGAUGGAAGAAACUUUCAAGAAUCUGAGCUGCAGAAGGUCCUGGAUAUUUUCCGUGGUGUUAUGGUCGGUUUCUUUGAUAGCAAAAAGUCACAGAUAAAAUCUCAAUUUCUGAUAGAAAUAUUCAGAAGGAGGCCAUGGAUAGGGCAACAUCUUCUUGGCUUCCUUCUUGAGAAGUGUAGCUCUGCAAAAUCAGAUUUUCGGCGAGUUGAGGCACUCGAUCUUAUACACGAGAUCUUGCGGUCAUUGGUACCUCCUAAUCCAGAUGAACAACAGCAGGAGAGGUCAAAGAAAUUGGUGAAAAAACAUCUGAAGAAGCUUGGUCACUUGAUAGGGGAGAUGGUAAAGAACAUGCCGAAGAAACAGUCGAGGCGUGCUGAAGUUCGCAAGUUUUGUAGCAGGGUCUUUCAAAUCAUGUCGACCCUUAACCUAACAAAGCCUUUUCUAAAGGAUCUAGCCCCUGAGGCUCAAGCUGCCUGUGAAUCUCAACUUGGUGAGUUGUUCACCAAUUUCAGAAAGAGCGGUGACUGAAGGCAUUUGCAGGUAUUUAUACAGUCAGUUCAUAGCAGAUACUUGGAGAAAGAAUUUGUUGCUCGCCAGGCCCGCACUUGAUGCUAAUAUAGCACACCUGAGUUUCGGCUGUUUGAUCACUACGGGCACCAAUUUUUGGCAGGGACACUCUUAUAUUCUCAUGCCUCGUAGCCUGCUAUGAUGGUCGUAUAUCCUCGAGCCUCAUCGCUCCCAAGAGAGUAUUCGAAAAGUCAUAGCAGCAUCUUACCGCAGUCCCUAGUGGUGGUUGGUUUUGUAGUUAAGUUUAGAAAUCCAUUUCUGUGCAUUAAAUUUUGUCAUGUCCUAUCAAGGUUGGAACUUUUGGUUGCCAAAUUUUGUACGAGGUCGUCUGCUCGACCUUCAUUUUGUUGUUCUCCAACUGAUUAAUUGAAAUACGUUACCAUGAGAUUAUAAAAUCAUAUGCUCAUUUGUAUUCGAUGCA